AGACGCGCUGCACUAACGGGCGAUGCGCCCCGGCAAGAAUAAGGCCGGCCAAUGCUCAGCAUCGAGCUUUAGGGGUCGCAUCGUAGGAGCUGCGUAGCGUUUAAGAACCGGGCCUCCGCCCGUGCGAUCCAGGAUCAUGUUUACGCCCGAGCUACGUUCCCUGCUCGAGAGCACCGCGGGUCCCGCGCAAGGAGUUUCGAGUUGCGUGCCCGAGCUCGUUGCGCUGCUGGAACAGCACCGCACAAGAUACGCCGACGCUGCGGCGCUGGAGCAAGUGUCGCGGGAUGAUCUGAAGAAAGGCAUAGCGGUUCUCGCGUCGUGGUGUCGUAACCACGAAGCUGAACUGGCGGAAACGGCCGACGUCCAGCGCGCUGUUUGUGCGCUGUUCCAGGCCCUUCUCGGCCGGGACACGGAUUCCGACAUGCUGGCGCUGAACAAGGGAAUGUUGACCUGCGUCACCGAUUGGAUGAAGCUUGCGCAAGCACACCGUCCCGUGGCCGAGAACCAGGCGCAACAGCUGAUAAGUCUUGCAACCGUGCUUUCGCAGCCCCGGGACGCGGACAAGAUCGUGCAGACCGCUGGCACUGUCAAGGUGUUUGCUUUGCACGCGGCAUGUUUUUACGAAAAACGUAGAAGUGCCUCUUCCUCACUCACGCGAAAAAAGUCUUCUUCGCCGGUAUGAUGCACUGCUAUUUUGUGCGAGUGCGCUGGACAAGAGGUAAUAACUAGAUACAACGACAAAAAUUAUCCGCAAAGGAAAUUCUACGAAAAGAAAAACCCCCGCGGAUUAUUGCAGGUCCUCCUCGAGUUCCUGCGCAUCGACCACGACCCGAGCAUCCCGAGCAGCGGCACGCUGGCCGUGCCGCUCCCGGUGCUAGAGGACGCGAUCACCGGGAUCGCGCUGCUCAUGGUUCGGAGCCGCCACAAACGCGUGGUGAACCAGAACGGGGGCAUCCCCCUCAUCGUGCAUUUGCUGAAGCAGCGCGCCGACCUAUUACAGUGAAAAAUGCCCCCACCCCCAAAGUUGCAAAAAUUUGUGAUGCGAAGUUUCCAAAUGAAAACUUUUUGCCAUGCAUGAAGGGAGCAUGAAUCUUUCUUAUGCAGAGUCUAGGCCUGUAUCGCAUCGCUUGCAUGACAAGCGCCACUCUUGCUGGGGUCUUUUGCAAUACAAAUUUUUUCUAUUCACAAUUGGAAACCUGUGAUGCGGAUAGAUGCAAGAGGGCAAAUGUUUCAUUUGCAAAGGUUUGCAAUACAAACGCUCCCAAGUUCGGGGGUGGGGGCAUUUUUCAUUGUAAUACGACCUCCCCGAGAUCGUCGUGGCCGCGUCGCGGUUUUUGUCCAACUUCCAGGACAAGCCGGAGUACCGGGAGGUCGUCUUCGCGCACGGGGGCCACGUCGCGCUGCAAUCGGCCUUCACGACCGCGCCCCAGCACGUGAAGGCGCGGCCGGAUGCGCCUUUCCAGCUCCUGAGAAUACGCACGGCCUGCGUCGAGGCGCUGUGGAACUGCGUGAUUGAUAACGAAAAGGUGGUGGAGGUGAUGUACAUGGACGCAUUUCUCGACGUCUUUCUCCCACCGUGCUUACAGGAGUACCUGCAACAGCUGGAGGAAAGCAAUUUUUACACCAAGGAAGACGAUCUCGUCGCCGACGAGCACAACACGGAAUCCGAAACCGAGCAGAGCGCCCACUACGUGCUAGAGAAACUCGCCAGGCUGCAGGAACAGCACGAAAUGUUGAACAGCGGUCCGCCCACAAUCGACAAGGAAUCUCUCCUCCUUCUGCCCCGACUCUUUGCAGCUUCUUUCGCAAUUCUCCGCCGUGUCGCGAAGUCCCCGAAGUGCAGAAGUAUCUGCGUGGCCUUGCCUUACCUCGACAUGGCGCAGAAAACCCUGCGGUUUUUCCCCCAGGAAUACGACCUCGCAAAGGAGAUUGCGGGGAUGCUGGGAAAUCUCUCCCUGGACCCGGAAUGGCGAAAAGACGUGCUCAACAUGGGUUUUGUGCCCGCCCUCGUCGAGUUUUGCGACCACGCAGAGGAUCGCAAACUGGCGAAGAUUUGCUUCUCCGCGCUGGCCAAUCUCGCGCACGACAGCACCUCCCGGCAGAUGAUUCUACAGCACGGCAUCAUACCGGUCCUGCUUCGCGUGGUGCAUGCAAAUUUGCGGAACGAGAUCGUGGUGGAGGCGGCGCUAAAUUUGAUCUCCCAUUUGGCACCGGACCAGGUUUGCGCAGACGAGUUGAGGAUUCACGCCGGCGUAGAGAUGCUCUUUGUGGUCCUGCAAGAGCACGGGCAGGACCUGCAGGUUGCAAGAAGGUACCUAGUACUUUACUCACUUACUUCGUACCUCAUCUUCUUCUAUGCGGAAAUAUGAACACGACGUCGAGACCUGUACGGGAGGUCGUGACUCUCUUGAAAAUCAAUGAUAAACGAAAAACAAGAAUAAACGCACGAUUUUCCGCAGGUGUUUGAUGUGCCUCCGUCGGCUCGCGGUCGCCGACGUGAACAAUCGAAUGGUGGAGAAAAUCAAAAAUCCGCACAGCGCGAACACACCAAAUAACUCCACUUCGCAGCAAGCCGGCUCGGACCAAAUCGUUGCUCUGCUCAAGUGGCACUUCGUCGACGCCACCUGUGUGAAGGAGAUCGGGUUGCUGUGCGGAUUGCUGCAGAUCCCGGACGCGUCUCUGAUGCCGUUUGCGGAUUUGCUGCUGAAGGUGCUGGAAUUCCACGAACACGAACCGGAAGUGAUGAAAAUUAUGGGCGAUUUGGUGUCGAUAUCACAUCACAGAAAAAAGCCGACCUCCGGGCAUGAUAAUGCAAAAAUAUACUAACAGGAAAAUCUGUCAUGGGCGAGCUCAUGCUUUUUGAGAUAUGCGACAGAGAUUUUCUUGCGUACCUGUCUUUGCAUACACAAAUCUGGGUUUUGCAAAUCUGGUGCCCCGGUGCCGGCUUUUUUCCGUGUGAUAAUCCAGACUGCCGAUCGCGGACGAGGCAUUGUAAAACGGGAUCGGGUCGUUUAUAUUUUUCGACUUAUUUUUUGUAUUGUUGACAUGACCUGCUGGUCCAAGAAAACAUUUUGCAAUGUAAAAUUCCACCGAUUUGGAUAUACUGAAAGAUUCGAACUUUUUGAAGAAGUAAGUACGGUCUGUGUUUCCAACAGCUACCACACAAU